AUGAAGAGGAGCUGCUGGUCCCGGUGCCUGUGCGCUGGGACGGGCCAGGGAGCACCCUGCUGGCCCCAGGCUGCUGGCAGAGUGGGCGCCGCGGCCGGCAGCGGCUCGGGGGAGUGCUCGGUGAGCCCGGCAGCGCCCCGGGGCCGGUCCCUGCGGGCUGUCUCGGUGCUCAAUGAGACCGCCCAGCCGCACAGCCCCGAGUGGGGAGCGCUGCAGUGCCUGGUAGGAGCCUGCCGGAGCCAGGAGGCUGACCACCUCACCCUCCCCUUCGGCAAGCUCGACUUCGGGGAGACCCCAGUUCUCGACUUCUUUUACAAUGCAGACAUUGCUGUGGUGGACAUGAGUGAUGUUUUCAGGCAGCCAACGCUCUUUUAUCACCUAGGUAUACGAGAAAGUUUUGGCAUGGAGAACAAUGUCAUUCUCUACCACAACACCGACCUGGAAACCGCUCAGUCGCUCAAGACUGCUAGCGGGAACUAUCAUUUCAUCCCCUAUGUGAUGACUACUAACGACGAAUUCCUGUGCUGUGAGAAUGAUUUCCAACGGAGAGUCUCAGAGUACUUACAACCAAACUGGGACAACUUACUGGGACCUUUCUGUCAGCCAUUGGUGGAGAAAUUUAUCAGUCUUCUAAAAGAUGUUGAUGUUACCUCAUGCACAUAUUUCAAGGAUACCCUGCUGAAUGACAUUAGAAAAUUGAGGGAGAAAUACCAAGGAGAAGAGCUUGCCAAACAGCUCUCUGGCAUUAAGCAGCGUAUAGAAAGUAUCGAGGUCAUCACGCCUGACAUUAUCACAAACUUGCUUUUCUCAUACAGAGACAUCCAGGAUUAUGAUGGCAUGGUGAAGCUGGUGGAGACCCUCGAGAUGCUGCCGACCUGUGACCUGGCCAAUCAGCACAACAUCAAGUUUCACUAUGCAUUUGCACUGAACAGGAGGAAUCACCCAGGUGACAGAGAAAAAGCCUUAAGUAUAAUGCUCGAGGUCCUGAGUUUAUGUGAGCAGCCUGCCCCUGACAUGUACUGCUUGUGUGGAAGAAUUUACAAAGACCUCUUUCUGGACGCAUACUGUAAGGAUAUAGUCAGUCGUGACAGUGCUACAGAAUGGUACCGCAAAGGCUUUGAGCUCCAACCAACCCUAUACUCGGGUAUUAACUUGGCCAUUCUCCUAAUUGCUGCUGGUCAGCAGUUUGAAAGCUCAAUGGAGCUGAGAAAAAUCGGUAUGCGAUUGAACAGUCUGCUGGGUAGAAAAGGAAAUCUGGACCAAAUGAACAACUACUAUGAUGUGGGCCAUUUCUUCGCAGUCACCAUGUUAGCCAAGGACAUCAACAAGGCUGUACAAGCAGCUGAGAAACUCUUUAAACUCAAGCCCCCUUUUUGGUAUUUGAGGUCAUUAGUUCAGAACUUGAUGUUACUACAGCAAUUCCAGAAGAUCAACAACGAUCAUUCCCCAAAACAGGAGUGUCUCAAUUUCUGGUUGGACAUCAUUGCAGAAGCGACUAAGACGAAUAUUAAUGGGCUACGUUUUCCAGUUUUGAUUCUACAGCCAACCAACGUCUACCAGCCAUCCUACAUUUCUGUAAAUAGUGAGGCAGAUGAGAAAACAUUUUCCAUAUGGCAUGUCUCACCAGAGGAAGUGAAGGGUAUUCAUGAAUGGAAUUUUACAUCCUCAUCUAUUAAAGGUAUAAGCAUAUCCAAAUGUGAUGAGCGCUGCUGCUUCUUAUACGUCCAUGACAACUCGGAUGACUUUCACAUCUACUUCUCCACAGGGGCUCAAUGCAGCAGGUUUUGUCGCUUGGUAAAGGAAAUUAAUGAUGAAGCAGCCAGCAGCGGGGAACUGGAGGGUGACACUGAUGGAGAUACACUGGAGUAUGAGUAUGACUAUGAAGAGACUGAAGAAAGGGUGGUGUUAGGUAGAGGCACAUAUGGAGUGGUCUAUGCUGGACGGGAUCUCAGCAAUCAAGUGAGAAUAGCAAUCAAAGAAGUCCCAGAGAAAGUUAGCAGGCACUCCCAACCCCUUCAUGAAGAGAUUGCCGUAUACAAGUACCUUAAACACCGUAAUGUUGUCCAGUACCUUGGUUCAGUUUCUGAAGAUGGCUACAUCAAGAUCUUUAUGGAGCAAGUGCCAGGAGGGAGUCUUUCCGCACUCCUCAGAUCAAAGUGGGGCCCAUUGAAAGAUAACGUCUCUACCAUUGUGUUUUACACCAGACAGAUACUGGAGGGCCUACGAUUUCUUCAUGAGAACCAGAUUGUGCACAGAGACAUCAAGGGAGACAAUGUCCUUGUAAAUACGUACAGUGGCGUGGUGAAGAUCUCAGACUUUGGGAUGUCCAAACGGUUGACAGGAGUGAAUCCUUGCACUGAAACAUUUGCUGGAACACUUCAAUAUAUGGCUCCUGAGGUUAUAGACAAGGAUCCUCAAGGCUAUGGUGCUCCAGCAGAUAUUUGGUCCUUGGGCUGUACUAUCAUUGAAAUGGCAACAGGGAGGCCACCAUUCUCUGAAUUAGGGGAACACCAUGCAGUCAUGUUUAAGGUCGGAAUGUUUAAAAUCCAUCCUGAGAUCCCAGAAUCUAUGCCAGCAGAUGCGAAGUCCUUUAUUCUUCACUGCUUUGAGCCUGAUCCAAAUAAACGAGCAACAGCUGCAGAACUGCUUGAAGACCCCUUCCUCAGAAAGACUAAGAGUGGCAAGAAGAAUAAAAUUGCCUUCAAACCAAGUGAGUACAGUCCAAACUUAUCUCUUCCUAUCAUGGUCCAGAGUGAAACAUUAGGCAGCAAUGGAAGUGAUCACGGAUCUUUGUCACCAGACUCCGAUUCAAAGCAUGAUGUGUUCUUCGAGAGAAAUGAGAAAGCAAGUUCAGAAAAUUUGAUCAGAGCUAUUGGCUCUCCAUUAUCGAGUAUCCCUGAUGUAUCUUCAUCAACUGAAGAUCGAAGCAGUCCAGUUUCUUCUGAUGAGAUAGACACAGGCCUCUUCCUGUUAAAGAAAGACAGUGAGCGCAGAUCCAUUCUUCAUAAACUCUUGAAGACGGACCAGGAUCAGGUUGUUUCCAACCUGUUGGAAAGUCUGACACAGGGUAAUGAAGAGCUUAAGCUGUCAGUUGACCACAUAAAGCAGAUUAUUGGUAUUUUGCGGGAUUUUGUCCGCUCCCCGGAGCGGAGAGUAAUGGCCAGCACCAUCUCCAAACUCAAACUGGACUUGGAUUUUGAUAGUAUCUCCAUAAACCAGUUUCAGUUGGUUUUGUUUGGGUUCCAGGAUGCGGUUAAUAAGGUUCUGCGACACCAUAACAUCAAGCCCCACUGGAUGUUUGCAAUGGAUAAUAUUAUCCGUCGUGCAGUACAAGCUGCAGUCACCAUUCUCAUUCCAGAACUGCGUUCGCACUUUGGCCCUGCCUCUGAGGGUGAAGGGCCAGACAAAGAUGCAGAUGAGGUGGAAGACCCUGUGUGCCAAGUGGAAGGGCAACCUGUAAACGUGGAGCCUCCCAUUACCCCCAGAGUGAGCCCCUUUAGUUCAGUCCCAUCGCAAGACUUCCAGCACGCACAGAGCCCUCUGAGUGUGCAGCUGGGAAAUCUGAGACUGGAGACAAACAGGCUUUUGGAAGAUUUGGUCCAGAAGGAAAAAGAGUACCAGAAGCUCCUUCAACAAGCAAUUGAGCAGGUACAACAGGACACGUGCCAUCUCCAGUUAAAAUCCAAACCAACAGGUGUCUCAGUCCCUUCAGUGUCAAAGCCUCUUAUAUGUCACAGAGUGGAUCAGGAGCUCAUUGACUGGCUGCAAGAACAAGGAGCAGACCCAGUUACAAUAAACAGGAUGUGUGCAGAAGGUUACGUGUUGCCUGAUGUUCUCAGACAUAUUACUAAAGAUGAUUUAAGAUGCCUACGACUCAAAGGAGGACCUAUUUGCCGAAUCUGGAAUGGUAUAUUAAAGUUCAGGAAAACAACCAAGGAUUGAUUAACAGCGAAAACAAGAAUUACACUGUGUUAUUUUUAUAACACGAAUGACCAAAGCUGCUGUUAUAUGGAGUCAUUAUGUCUGUAUUGAGUUUGUGUUUUUGCACAGAUUUAAUUUGAGCCAUCACAGCAUUAGGAUACACAUUGUACCCAAGGACUAAGUAAUACUGAGAAUCAUCAUGGAAUGCAGUCAUAUCAUGGAUGUCUGCUGGACCUGGGAUUAGCAAACAAUCUAAGAGCAGCUAAACCCCCUCAAAUAUUAAGCUGACUCAUUCUGCUAGGUCCUAUUGUCUUCUUUAGUUAAACGGUAUUAUGAGACUAUCACUAUGUGCCAAUUCAAUUAUAGUUCCCCCUUCCCAUUCCAUGAUAGAUAUUACAUAACAUGCCACGGCUUUUGAACUGCUCAUUUCAUUUUUAAAGAACAGGUUGUGCAUUUUGACCAAUAAAUCAAAAGUUGUGUUUCCAACAGCAAGGGACCUUUCAUUGAAGGAAAUAGUUCAUUAUUUGUUUAAGAUUUGUGCUUAAUUUAGCCAUGGAUAUCAGUCAGGGUUUGUGGCAUUGAAUCAUUGUGUGUAGUGAAAUCUCUACACUGUCUAACUGAAUUUACACAAGAAGCAUUUUUUAUCCUGCUUAAACAGCUUUGCCAAUUGGCUCACAGGAACCAUUAUUUUAUUUGGACCUGAGGAAGGUAGUGAUUGAGUUUCCAGAAUGGAUGAAUGCAGCAAAGAAAGGAAUGCCUAUUAGUUCUGUUUGACAUUUUGUAAGUGACCAGGCAAAAAGCAACUCCAUGUUACUGCUAGCCUGAGUAAUAAACUAUGAUGAUAUUAUAGAAAAUAUCAUGCUAAAUUUUCCAGUCAGAAAAAGAGCGAUCUGAACCUUUUAUAUUCUUCUGAUGCCACUCUCAUGAAGGGUAAUUAUCUGAUCAAAGGUGUAUAAACAUAUUCUGCUUUUCAUAUUUGGUGAUUUUUUGUGCAUGUCUAAUUGUAAAUAAACAUAUUACUUGG